AUGCACGCCACGCAUCAGUCCGGGAUGAUGGGGCCAGGGGUGUCGCGCUGGCCGGGCGCGCCGGCGAUGGCGCUCGGGGGGGCGGGAUUGCGGAGGCGAGCGGUGCUGCCGGCGGGGAAGGCGAAGGGCCGGGGCGGGAUGGCGGGCCGGAGGGCGGCCGUGCUGCCCCUGGCGACGGGGCGCCAGGUCCAGCGGGUGGAGGAGCUGAAGCCCGCUUCAGAAGGGGGUCUGGUCAGGAGGAUGGUGGCGGCAUCUUGGAAAGUGUUGCUCCUGGCACCUGUGGCUUUGGUCGCAGUCACAGGAAAUGGCCGCGCAGUUGCGGCACCUGCACCUGCUGCACUGUCAGCUCCUCAAGCCGUGACAGCCACCAUUGCUGCCACUACCUCGAGGGCUGCUAAGGCUGCUGCAGUUUCGAUGAACAGUGCUGCCACAAGUCAAGUGGUUCAGGCAACUGCACUUGUGUGCACUAUUGCUGCAGCUGGUGGUGCUGCCUCACGGUCUGCAGCACAGAGGAGGCGUGCUCAGGUGGCCACUUUUGCUACUUCGUAUGAGUCACCUGUGGUGGACGAUGUUGAGAAAGCUGCUGAGCCUGGGGUUGCAGCCCUUGGGCUGGCGGCGGCAGUGGUGAACAGCCUGUCCUCGGCGAGGAGCAAUGGUGCCCGUGGCAAUGGCACAGCAGGCGCCAAGAAUGAGGGCUACAAAUCCAUGUCGAUGAACGGGAGGAAGGCCAACAAAUUCCUUGACGGUGUUGAUGCCUCCAAAUACGACGUCGUGCACGAGGUGCUCACCAAGGCCAAGGCAGCCUCAGUGGACAGCAAAUAUGACCCAAUUCAGUGGCUCUUUGAUGCUGUUGGCUCGUGGCAAUCCAAGGACACGGUGGUUCGCACAUUCUUGAAGAACACUGACAGCCUGGACGAGGACAACUUCCUCAAGCUGAGAACACUCCUGAAGGACCUAAGGGCAGCAGGUGAGACAAGCGACUCGAAAUACGACCCACUCUACAAUCUGCUCAAAGGCGACUGGAGCCUGAGCUUUGGAGCCCUGGAGAUCUUCGAAGCCUUUGACCCUGUGGCUGCGUUCUCCCGGGUUUGCCGUGCCCCUGUCGUGUUCGUUGCAUCCAAAUACGACUUUAUGGUGUCUCUUCUCAAGGGGGAGUGGCAGGAAGAGAUCUCAACUCUGGACAACCUCCCCAGCUGGGACCCCAUGGCAGCCAUCUUGGACUCUGCCAAGCGGCCUGUGGCGUUUGAUUCGAACAAGUUCGAUGCAUGCGAGGGCCUGCUGAAGGGUGGCGCUCGGGCGCCGUCGGCGCGGCCUGUGUGGGAUCCGCUGAGGGCCCUGAAGUCGAUGGGGCAGCCUGAAGGGUAUGGGGACGAUGGGAAGGAUGCUGAGACGGGCAGGAAAACAAAGGCCAGCCUGCUUGGAAACAUCUCCCAGCUUUCGAAGGAGCUGCAAGUGGGGGAGAGCACCCUGGAAAACAUCUUUCAGAGGAAGUAG